ACGUCGCUCUGUGUACGCAGGCGGGGGAGGGGCACGUAAACAGAGAAUUCCAAAAAGGAAGGGAGUGUUUCUUUCAACUGAUAAACCAAUACAUCAAGGUAAGAGUCAUGCCUAUUCGCCGCUCAGCUGCAGCCCCACCCAAAGAGGAGGCACCCCCUGCAAAUGCCCCUGAUGGAGAUGCUCCCGCUGAAGGGUCUGCUUCUGCAGGUGAGAAGGAGAAUGAGAAAGACUCACCUUCUAAACCUGAAACCAUGGAGGACAAGAAAGCGGGAGGAGAUGGAGAGGAGGCGACUGCUGAUGGAGAGGAGCAGGCCAAAGAUGGAGAGGCUGGAGAGGGAGAGAAAUCUGAUGAAGCAGCUGCUGAACAAGGGAAGGGCAAGAAGAAAAAAGGAAAGGAUGCUGCUAAACUUGACAAGGAAGGGGAUGACAAAGGGAAGAAGGUGAAAAAGAAGAAGAUUCCCGCUUGGGCGACCAUUGCCGCCAACAAACUGGGUUCAACCUCACUUUCCCAACCCAAAGUUGAAGAAAUCAUCCUAGAAGCCAUUGAGAGUUGCAAAGAAGACCGCAGUGGUGCUUCUUCAAUCAUCAUUAUGAAAUACGUCAGGAAGAAGUAUCCCGCUGUGGAAAUGGACAAAAGGACCAAAAACCUCUACAAGAGGUCUCUGAAGCGAAUGGUUGAGAAGGGUGUUGUCAGACAGCUGAAGGGUAAAGGCUUCUCUGGAAGUUUCGCCAUUGGGAAGAAGCCAGCUGCGUCUGCUUUACCGAAGGAGACACUGGGAGAGUCUCUGCCUCUGAUCAUAACCCGUCUCUGUGAACCCAAAGAGGCUUCAUACAUCCUGAUCAAGAAGUACCUGGAGCAACACUUCCCUCAACUCAAUGUGGAUAACAGGCCCGACAUAUUGAAGAACUGUCUGCAGAGAUCUGUGGAAAAGGGCUACCUGGAGCAGAUCACUGGGAAAGGAGCCUCUGGAACAUUCCAGUUGAAGAAAGCUGGAAAUAAGGUCCUCAUGGGUGGUGGUCUGCUGGAAGACGCUGUUGUGGCCGCCAUAACUGCGAUGAAUGAGCCCAAGACCUGCAGCAUCACUAUACUGCGCAAAUUCCUGAUGGAGAAAAAGGAGAAGAACGCCUUUCCAGUGGUGUCUCACCUGAAGAGAACCUUGCAGAAGUGUAAAGUGAUGGGAUGGAUGGAGCAGAUUUCUGGUCAUGGACUGAGUGGGUCAUAUCAGCUUAGUUAUCCAUUUUACCCAAGCCCGGCAAUUUUGUUUCCGGAAAUGGUGGAAAAGCUUAAAGAGAAGGAAAUCAAACGCAAGAGAGUCGAGGUGUCUGAGGAGUCUGAAGAAGAGUCGGAAGAAGAAUCUGAAGAAGAAUCGGACGAGGAAGAGCCUCCCCCUAAAAAGAGGAACCAGCGUGCAAACCAAAGACCUGCAUCUAAAGCUCGUCAAAAUAAAAGGGCCAAACCCGUCAGCAGAAAACCUGCUCCGAAGAAACCUGCUCCCAGGAAAGCUCCUCCACCAGCCAAGAAACCAGCCGCUGCCAGCAAAGCAGUGUCUAAAAAGGCACCCGAGCCUGUUAAAGCCACACCAGUCAAAAAAGCUGCUCCGACCAGCAAGCCUAAAACGCCGAUAGCCAAAAAGAUGACAAGCAGGGGGUCCAAACGGCCAGCACCCAAGGCUGCUAAAAAGGAGGUUGAAUCUGCUGUGAAGGCUAAACCUGCAGCCCGCAAGUCACUCCGAGCCCGCAAAUGAGUCCUGAGCUUGUCGACGGCUGAAAAGAUCAACUGUAGCUCAGUAGACUGCAGUGCUGGCUUUUUUUUCCUCUUCUUAUUUUUGUAGAAAUUUCCUCAUCUCGGGGCCUCUGAUGAUUCUAGGACCUCUACAGAGUUAUUCUGCCAUUCAAAUAGAGGCUUUUUAUGUUCAAUAUUCUAAUUACAGGUUAUAAUGUAGAGUAGGAAUGCUACCGUUUGUGUUAAGGUGCUCAUUCGGGUUAGGAGAAUGAAAAGGAGGAGCUGUAGCUUCAUCUUGGUUGUGCUUCAACAACAACAUCAAAUCGAUUAUUUAAAAUUCCUGUAGUCUGUCUUUCUGUAGAGGCAAGCAUUUCAGUUACUCAGUCGCCCCUUAUCCAUCAGUGUUCAAGAAAACCUCUCUCUGUAAGUUUUAUUUGGAUUUGUUUUGGUCAUGUUUUGUGAAAUUAGGUCUUUAGCUACUAUUGUAAUCAAAAAACGAGUUUCGUUGAUGUUGAUUCCUUCGUGUACGUCAAAGUAAAGAAUGAGUAUUAAUGCCUAACUUUCAGUUGAACGUCUACUUGAAUGCGAAAUUGGUUUUUAUUAAGAUGCAUUAAAGAAACGUUGGCAUCCACAACUGUCAUUUUCUUCUGUAAAGUCUAUGAAGGAGAAUAUACGUUUUCCAAGCAGAUGUUUAAAACCUUCAAUGCACUAUUAACCUGGUCAUACUCUUGUGUGUUAGUUUAUCAGGGGGGGUUAGAUGUAAUUUUAUGAGCAUUGCUCACCUUACCCUGCAUGCAUGUAAUCGAUAUACUUUUCUGUAGUCCUUAAUAAAGUGACUAUAUUUGUACUUCUA